AUGGAGAAUGAAAUCGGUGAAACUAUAUGCGAAGAAAAAGAUUGUGAUGUGGGUGCAUUGAAGGCAAAAUUAAAUACAAGAAUGAAAAUGGGGUCCAAACUGAGCAUGAUAUUUAAGUGGAUUCGCUUUGUGGCCAUGGCCCAUGGGCAAGGGUUGUACGUGUGUAAGCAUGGCACAAGGUAG